GGUUUUCUGACCCGUGCUUCAGGAGAGUUCCACUGCAGCUUCGAGGAGGAGCCCAUCUGUAUGUUCACACAGGACAAGAACGACGACUUCGAUUGGACGAGACACAGCGCCGCCACCCGUGACACCAAGUACACGCCCAACACCGGGCCUAGUGGCGACCGCAGCGGAUCCAAACAGGGUAAGCAAACCCAGGAAGGAAAACACAGCUACAGUAUGUUUUAUUGUGAUGUCAUUAGGAUUUUAGGUGCACUGUGUUUGGGAAUCUUCAAUGCGACAAAGAAGGUCAUAAGGGAAUUGUUUUGCCCCACAGUUAACUAUGUUAGCCAGCUUAACUAGCUAGAGUAUUUUUUACACUUAUUUUUAAUUGGUUAUGUUACAUGUAUCUGUUUGUGACGCAUGUUCUUUCACAGCGUAUUGGAACGAUUGGCUUCCAGGUAGACUUCCAGGUCUUUCUGAGUAAUAUUUUAGUCUUGACCCUGGUAGUCAACUCAGUACAGAUACUGUAUUAACAACACACACUACACACGGCCAAUCAAUAACACAUGUCAAUAUCAACACAAUGGAACAUGCAACAAACAAUUAAGCACUCUCACUUUCAUGGUACUCAUCUCUCUCUCUCUCUCUCUCUCUCUCUCUCUCUCUCUCUCUCUCUCUCGCUCUCGCUCUCGCUCCUGCUCUGUCUGUCUGUCUGUCUGUCUGUCUGUCUGUCUGUCUGUCUGUCUGUCUGUCUGUCUGUCUGUCUGUCUGUCUGUCUGUCUGUCUGUCUGUCUGUCUGUCUGUCUCUCUCUCUCUCUCUCUCUCUCUCUCUCUCUCUGUCUCAACUCUCUCUGUCUCGCUCUCUCUCUCUAACCCCUCCUCUCUCUCUCUCUGGUUUCCAUGGGGACAGUGCCUGACAGAGAGUUGCCUGCUAGUGUUCAAUAUGAGAGAUUGAUACAGUCUAAACGCAGGCAAAAUUGUUUCACUGUUUGACAGAACACCCUCUGCAAGAAACGGUGGCAGUUGGCCUGUGUGUCAGUCCUGAGGGAGAGUGAGCAUUGAUCUAGUCUUUACAGGAAUGGACAGCUCUAGUAGCAACAGCUGAAGUAAUAAAUAACAUACUGGCUUUAAUCACUGUAAUGAGUUGAAACUGUCCAGCAUUUCAUUACCAGCCCACCAGUCCUAAGAGGCUGCAAUUAUCUGAUAUCAAAUUCAACAGAUUAAGACAUUUUAUUUGAUUUUGGCUGGAGGGUAUGAAAGCUUUUUCUCCGUCCUAGCUACCUUCCCCUGCCCCAAAGUGGGACUGUAGAUUGGGUCUGGAAUGAGACUCGGGCCAUGUGAGGGAAAGGUUAGUUUCACUGCUGCUUCUCCCGUGAAGGUGUCAUAUUACCGUGAGAUAUGGUCAUCUCUUCUGUCCCCUCUGCCCUCCGGUUAGUGUCUGUUUAGAAGAGAGGUCUUUAGUGGAAAUUGACUUCCACUGUUUCACUACUAGCUGGAUGGAGCCGCCAUUUCCAUCCCAAAGGAUUAUAAAAUAUUGAGGGCUUGUUCCGUACAUCCUCUAUAUCAUGUGCUCUGGGGGACAUUUUAUUCUCCUAAACAUACAGUAUUGUCAUGCAGUGGACAAAGUAACCGCAACAAUUUAAAAAUACGUUUUGAGAGAUCUUUUUCAGAUUACAAAGAGCACAAUCAAGAGUUUCCAUAUGUGAUUUAACGGCAAUUUGUGACUGUUAAGAGUCAUGCCUAGCAACAACAGAGCCAGUCACACAGCAGUACUGCUUGGGUCCUAAAGACAGCCUGGCCCUCUGGUGUGGUUUUAGACAGAUCCACCCCCCCCCCCCCCCCCCCCCGUUCUCUGUCCCACUUGGCCAACAUAAUUCUCUGCUACAGACUCCAAAUACAUAGACAGAGAUGCCAAAAUAUGCUUGUAGGGAACGACAGUGUUGGCUGGAUAAAAGGUUGUCUUUUAUGUGUUCAGGGCCCACUGAGUGAGUUUCAUUUGAGGACACCUGCUGUCGGGUGUGGAGUUAUUAAGGAAAAGCUGUAGAAAAGGGCAGACUUGGAUGAAAUUAAAACAUCAACUAAUAAAGGUUAAAUAUGUUUGUGGGAGUAAUCUUUAAUGAGAAACACAUUGGUGAUCUUGAUACUCCACAGAUGUAAUUUUAUACUAAUGUCUCGGCCUCAAUCUUCACCAUUUGGUACAGGGGUAACUAACCUUGUUAUUUGGUGUGGUGUAUUGUGUUCUCCCCACCCUAAAGGUAAAACCUUGUUGUUUGGUAUUGUGUUCUCCCCACCCUAAAGGUAUAACCUUGUUAUUUGGUAUUGUGUUCUCCCCACCCUACAAGUAUAACCUUGUUAUUUGGUAUUGUGUUCUCCCCACCCUACAAGUAUAACCUUGUUAUUUGGUGUUGUGUUCUCCCCACCCUACAGGUAUAACCUUGUUAUUUGGUGUUGUGUUCUCCCCACACUACAGGUAUAACCUUGUUAUUUGUUGUUGUGUUCUCCCCACCCUACAGGUAUAACCUUGUUAUUUGAUGUUGUGUUCUCCCCACCCUACAGGUAUAACCUUGUUAUUCGAUGUUGUGUUCUCCCCAACCUACAGGUAUAACCUUGUUAUUUAGUGUUGUGUUCUCCCCACACUACAGGUAUAACCUUGUUAUUUGUUGUUGUGUUCUCCCCACCCUACAGGUAUAACCUUGUUAUUUAGUGUUUUGUUCUCUCCACACUACAGGUAUAACCUUGUUAUUUGUUGUUGUGUUCUCCCCACCCUACAGGUAUAACCUUGUUAUUUAGUGUUUUGUUCUCUCCACACUACAGGUAUAACCUUGUUAUUUGUUGUUGUGUUCUCCCCACCCUACAGGUAUAACCUUGUUAUUUAGUGUUGUGUUCUCCCCACCCUACAGGUAUAACCUUGUUAUUUGAUGUUGUGUUCUCCCCACCCUACAGGUAUAACCUUGUUAUUCGAUGUUGUGUUCUCCCCACCCUACAGGUAUAACCUUGUUAUUUGGUGUUGUGUUCUUCCCACCCUACAGGUAUAACCUUGUUAUUUGUUGUUGUGUUCUCCCCACCCUACAGGUAUAACCUUGUUAUUUAGUGUUGUGUUCUCCCCACCCUACAGGUAUAACCUUGUUAUUUAGUGUUGUGUUCUCCCCACCCUACAGGUAUAACCUUGUUAUUUAGUGUUGUCUCCCACCCUACAGUAUAACCUUGUUAGUUGGUGUUGUGUUCUCCCCACCCUACAGGUAUAACCUUGUUAUUUGAUGUCGUGUUCUCCCCACCCUACAGGUAUAACCUUGUUAUUUGAUGUUGUGUUCUCCCCACCCUACAGGUUUCUACAUGUACAUCGAGACGUCCCGGCCUCGGAAGGAGGGCGAGGUAGCGAGACUUGUCAGUCCCUUCUUCAACGUGGCACCCAAGAACCCGUACGGCAUCACCAACCCCCCGGCAUACUGCUUUGGCUUCUUCUUCCACAUGUACGGAAAACACAUCGGUAAGAAGAACAUCUCAGUCUUUUUCCCUCUAACACAUAACAGCAAGACACAAACCAAGGACAUGUUCCUUGUAUUCUCUGUAUUCUCUCUUCAAUACAUUAUUUAG